AAAUUUUCAUAUCGUUGUGACUCGUUUCGUAGUUCGUAGUUUGCUUCCCUGUUAUUUGGCUACGACGGUUGACUGAUACGGUGCUGUUGUUGCGAGGUUAAAACAUGCGAGUUCUGGAAAUACGUAGAUCACCUUUAUGAGAACAAGUUGUAGGCGACAAUUAGGAUGUUUCGAUCGACAAGGAGUUUGAUCAUCGCGCUGCAACGUGCGAAGGAUUGCCGUUUGCAUACGUGCGGUCAACGAUUAUCAGAGGUUGCCGAAUAUGAAUCUCCUAUCACGGACGAUUAUAAAAAGGGUCCGAUGGAGGGUAGAGCCCUUUACUUGGAUGCUCAAGCCACUACUCCAUUGGAUCCCCGAGUAUUAGAUAAGAUGAUGCCGUAUCUGACAGUGUACCAUGGUAAUCCCCAUUCCAGAACUCACAUGUACGGUUGGGAGUCAGAAGCAGCAGUUGAGCAUGCUCGUCAGCAAGUUGCAGAUCUAAUAGGAGCAGGCAAGAAGGAAGUGAUAUUUACAUCUGGGGCAACAGAAUGCAAUAAUAUUGCUGUAAAAGGUAUAGCGAGGUUCUACAAAUCCAAGAAAACUCAUAUUGUGACAACCCAG